AUGCUCAGCUAUCGAGUCGAGGGAAACUUUUACCGACAUUUCGCGCACACUGUCGCUACCGAGGGUCUGAGUGUUCCUGCGCUCUUCGCCUCCGCGGAUGAUGCGGGCGAGGAGGGAGAGCUGUUGAUUUUGGAGGAUAUAUCAAUCCGGUUUCCGGUGUUGACGGAACGACGUGGGACGCUCGAUUCCGCUCAGAUCCGCAAGAGUCUCGAAUGGCUGGCCAACUUUCACGCACGCUCUUGGAACAUCACCCGUCGUCCUGAUCUGCAUUCCUUUUGUCCGGAACCCGCACUCGCCGCAGACUGGCUAGGAUCAGGGUUGUGGAAGCAGGGAGGCUACCACUACCUGUCCACACGUCGAGAGGAACUCGCUUCGAUCUCCCGCACCUCUCGCUGGGGCUCGCUCGGCCUUCACGCCGACUCCGAUCUACCCACUGCCGUCGAUUGGUGCCUCAACAACCCUCCCACACCUUCGUCCCUCUCCCUCAUCCACGGUGAUGUGAAAUCCGCCAACAUGGCCUUCAAUCCCACCUCUACGUGCAUGGCAAUGUACGAUUUUCAAUACGUAGGCAUGGGCCUAGGUGUACAAGACCUCGCGAAAUUUCUCACCACCUCCAUACCCCCUCACCACCUCACCUCCCGCGAUGGAGAAGAAUCCCUCCUCAAAACGUACCACAAUUUUCUAUCACAAAAUCUUCCGCACGGAGCAGAGUAUAGCUUCGACCAGUUGAAACAGGAUUGGGAAUUGGCCCUCGUAAGCUGGACCCGAUUCUUGGCGGGUUGGAGCGGCGGGUUCUGGGGUAACGUCGAUUGGUUACAGCAUCGUGUCGAGCGGUUGCUUCGUGAUCAGAAAUGGGUGGAAUCGGUGCUCAAGCGCUGGAAGACAGCGACACAACUCGAAAAGGUGAAAUAG